GUUGCAUUGGAAGCAUGGCCAACAGCUACAACAAGGUCGACAACCAGGGCGCCCUCAUGGGCAACUGGGUCGAGGAAGAGGCGCUGCGCGACCGAACGGGCUAUUCGCGCUACAAGACGUGGGACGCGAAGGAGGCCAUGGGCCUCUCGCACCCCCGCGUCAUCGCCCACUCGAGUGCGACCGAGGCCAAAGACUACCGAGCUUCGUCCCGCACGACACCGUACUGCGAGGACUUUGUCAUUCCUAGCAGCGUCGGGCCACGCGAGCGCCGGCGCCUCGAAGAGCUCCACGCCCAAGCGAAAGCGCUCAAGAUUGCGAUGGACGGCGAGCCCGAGGACAUGAGCGUGAAGGAGUCGACGGCGCACGCAGCCUUCAAGGCCGCCGACAACGACUACCUCGUGCAUGGCAUCACGCGCGUUGCACCGCGCGGCAAAGGCGGGUUCAAAGACUACGACCCGUCGAUCGUGGGCAAGACGCGGGGGGAGGUUGCCGCCAUGGACGCAGCAAAGCUCCAGGUACACAAGGAGACACCGCACUGCGCAACCGUGACCAAGUACACGCACGCCAUCACGUCGGGCGAGGGGCUAGGGUUUCCGCUGACAGCCGCCGAGCCAGGACGCAACCCGUUUGGCAAGUCGACGGGCUUUUCCAAUGACCUCUAUGACACGCGCGUUCGCCACGCCGAAGCCAGCUACCCCGGCGCCGAGACGAUUCUGGGCAACGGCAUGAACAUUCACGCACGCUCGGCGGUGUUCAAGCUGCAGCAGUGGGCCCAAGCCCCUGACAAGCGGCGAGCGCUGGUCAAAAUCGGGCUGGACGUGCAUGGCGCGAUUGCACUCAAGGAGCUGCUUUUGGCGCUGCAUGAGAUCAGCGUCACGGUUCCAGACAAGGACAUCCAUCAAAUAUUUGUCUACUUGGACAAGAACCAGUGCGGUGCGAUCGAGUGGACAGCGUUUGAAGCGCUCGUACUGAAAUUGUAGCUGCAUUCAGCCCUGUACACAAUUGAUAUGCUUUUCAAAAAACGUCGGUGACGCGAUAUUCGCA